AUGGACCCCACAAGACCUCUGAAGGUCAAAAUGACGUCUCUGGUGAUUUUGGUGGGCAUGUCCUCCAUGCUGGCGGCGGUGGUGACCGACCACUGGGCCGUGCUGAGCCCCCGGGUGGAGAAACUCAACACUACUUGCCAGGCAGCCCACUUUGGCCUGUGGAGGCUCUGCAAGAAGAGCAUCUUCAUCGUGGAGGAGGACCCCGACGGCAAAGGCUGCGGCCCCAUCAGCUUACCCGGAGCAAAAAACUGUUCCUACUUCAAACACUUCACGUCGGGGGAAGAGGCAGAACUUUUUGAAGUCAAGACCCAGAAAGAGUACAACAUUUCGGCGGCGGCCAUCGCAAUCUUCAGCCUGUUCUUCAUGAUCCUGGGAACCCUCUGCGUCGUCUUCUCCUUCGGGAAGGGGAGGGACUACCUGCUCAGGCCUGCCGGGAUGUUCUUCGCCUUCGCAGGCCUUUGUAUCCUGAUCUCUGUCGAGGUCAUGCGCCAGUCUGUCAAGCGGAUGAUUGACAGCGACGAGACCAUCUGGAUUGAAUACUACUACUCCUGGUCUUUCGCCUGUGCCUGCGCCUCCUUCACCCUGCUGCUCCUCAGCGGAGUUGCGUUGCUUCUCAUCUCCAUGCCCCACAUGCCGCGCAACCCCUGGGAGACUUGCAUGGACGCCGAGCCAGACACCCUGGACUAG